GUCCAGUGUCCGAUAGAUUGGAGAGAAGAUGGCGGCGUUUAGGCGUCUGUCUCAGGCUGUUCUGAGGUCUUCCUUCAACCAGAGUCGUCAACUAUCUGCGGUUGCCCAUGGCGAGCAGCACCAGUCCGCCCGCACAUGGAAGAUACUGAGCUUUGUUGUGGCCCUGCCAGGAGUGGGGGUGUGCAUGCUGAACGCCUUCCUCAAGGCUCAGCACCACAGCCAUGAGCAGCCUGAGUUCAUCCCCUACACCCACCUGCGCAUUCGCAGCAAGCGCUUUCCCUGGGGUGAUGGGAACAAAUCUCUGUUCCACAACUCCCACGCUAAUCCCCUCCCUGAUGGAUACGAGGGCCACGACCACUGAGCGUCUGAGGAAUCAGCCCCCGCGUGUGGGACCAGGAAUCCUGGGCCUAAUGACCAGAAUUUGACUAGGCCACCUUCUACUGUUUACCCCUCUGGAAUAACCUCUCUGCUUCAGUGCCCUAAAUACUGGGCAUCAUAUGCAGUCACAUCUUACUGGACCAUUGAAUUCAAUGUUCUCUUAAACCUGUCUAAUAAAGAUUAUUACUUAAA